CGGGUACCGAUCCUGGUGAAACAGACUCCAGCAGGCAAGGAUAUGUCUUGACCGAGGGAGGAUUCGGUGCAGAUAUGGGCAUGGAAAAAUUCUGCAACAUCAAGUGCCGAGUCAGUGGAUUGACUCCGGACGCUGUCGUCAUCGUUGCGACUACGAGGGCAUUGAAGAUGCACGGUGGUGGACCAGAAGUAACUCCUGGAAAGCCUCUCGCCGAUACAUAUCUCAAAGAAGAUUUGGACUGCCUUGGAAAAGGUAUUCAGAACUUGGAGAAGCAUAUUCAAAAUGCGAAGAACUCUGAUUCUCCCGCUGAACUGGAGCUCAUUAGGUCGCGAUCCGUGGAAGCCGGCGCAGAUGCCGCCGUUGUUUCGAGUCAUUGGGCUUUGGGAGGUGCAGGUGCAAAGGCUCUGGCCGAGGCAGUUGUCGCAGCCUGUGAAGGACAGUCUCAGUUCAAGUUCCUUUAUGAACUGGAUAUCCCCAUCGUGCAAAAGAUCGAAACCAUCGCCAAGGAGAUCUAUGGAGCGGACGGA